AUGAAACCCGAGGCCAGCUCAGCCACUACGGCCACCGCCGUCGCCGCCACCGCCGUUGCCGCUGAAGAUGCCUCUCCCGACGACGCCCUCGCCGUCGUCGGCCUCUGCGCGCACGCCGUCGACCCCGUCCUCUCCGCGCGCGUCGUCCGCAAGCUCGACCUCUACCUCGUUCCCUUUAUGCUCGUCGGCUACGGCCUCGUCUACUACGACAAGGCCAUUCUCGGCUCCGCCGCCCUCUUUGGCAUGACGUCUGACCUUGCCCUCGCCAUACCCAUUCCGCACACAGCACCCCCCCAAGUCGACACCCGCCGUCUCAGCUGGGCCACGUCCCUCUUUUACUUUGGCAUGCUCGCCGGCCUGUACCCUCUAACCUUUGCCCUUCAACGCUUCUCCCGCGCCGGCCGCGUCCUCGGCGCCGUCGUCCUACUGUGGUCCCUCGUCUGCAUGCUCACCGCCGCCGUCUCCUCCUGGCGGGGGCUCUACGCGCAGCGCUUCGCCCUCGGCUUCGUCGAGAGCGUCGUGCCCACCGCCUUCAUGACCAUUGUCAGCAGCCACUACACGCAGCAGGAGCAGAGCCUCCGCCAGAGCUGGUGGUUCUCCGCCACCGGCCUCUUCACCAUUGUCGGCGGCGCCCUCAACUACGCCUUUGCCCAGGUCCGCGGCGGCGGGCUCGCCCGCUGGCAGUACAUUUACCUCCUCGCCGGCGCCCUCACCUUCUUGUUUGGCCUCGUCUGCUUUGCCGCCCCGAGCUCGCCCGUGUCGGCCUGGUUCCUGACGCCCGAGGAGCGCUUCGUGGCCGUGGAGCGCCUGCGCGCGGGGCAGACGGGCGUGCGGUGCACGCGCUUCAAGUCGGCGCAGCUACGCGAGGCCGUGGCCGAUGCCAAAGUAUGGCUCGUCUUCGUCAUGAUGGCCUCGUGCUACACCAUGAACGGCGCCGUCAGCGGCUUCGGCCCCCUCAUCGUCUCCACGUUUGGCUGGAACACGCUGCAGUCCAUCCUGCUCCAGUUCCCGCUCGCCGGCCUUUGCUUCUUCGUCAUCCUCGCUGUCGGUCACCUCGGCGGGCGCUUCACCAACAUUCGCGUGUUUCUGCUCGUCGGCACCUGCCUGCCCGUCAUUGUCGGGUGCGCGCUCAUCUGGAAGUCCACUUGGUCGCACCACGCCGCCGCACCGGUCGUCGGCUACUCGCUCACCGGCUUCUUUGGCGGCACGGCGAGUUUGAUCAUCACGUUGGGCAUGGCCAACGUGGCGGGGCACACGAAAAAGAGCUUCAUGGCGGCGACGAUUUUCGUGGCCUACUGCGUGGGUAACAUAGUUGGUCCGCAGCUGGUGUGGUCCGAGACCAAGAGCCAGCACUAUCCGGCGCUGUGGCUGGGACUAAUUAUCUGCUAUGUGAUUUGUAUCGUGGCAUCGCUGGUGCUGUACGUCGUACUGCGCCGCGAGAACAAGGCGCGCAGAGUCAUGCCCAUCGACGAGGCGGAGAGUGCCAAGCUCGCCUUUCAGGAUCUCACAGACAAGGAGAAUCCGUACUUUCGAUACGUAUACUAG